AUGGCAAUGUCAUCUGUAGGUAAUAGCUCUCAGUCUCAAAUCCCAGUUUAUGGUUGCAAUAGAGCAAUGCGGAUGUUCAUCUCAAAUUCAAGUGAAAACCAUAAACGAAGAUUCUGGAAAUGUGCAAAUUCGGGUGUAAUGUCAAAUUACAAGCUAUUCUUGUGGGAUGAUGAACUUGAGCGCAGCAUAUCAACUGAACCGAAAAUUUCAAUUGGUUGCAAUUGCUCAGAAGUUAUGCAUGAAUUAAGUUGCAUCAUCAAAGACGUUGAAGCUAGGAAAAAAGAGAAGAUGAAAUUGAAGUUGGAAAAUGAAAGGAAGAAGGCCAAUUUGUUUAGGAUGUUGUUGAUUUUGUCAUGGGUCUUGUUCUUUUCUUACCAAAAAUGGUAA